CAUGCAUCAGCUGAGCCUCGAAGGGUCGCCCGGGUCGUCAAGUGUCAUCGGGCUGACAUAAAGUGUCAUAAAGGCUGGCAUGGAAAUGUCGCUGGGGCUGGCAUGAAUGUGUGAUGGAGGCUGGAGUGCAAGUGCCACCAGGGACGACGUGAGAGCCCCCCGAGCCGGGAAGACCCAACUGAGGAGGUGGUGGGGAUCCCUGACACAGGACACCAUUGCGACCAAAGCGAGGAAUGCCAGGCGGGAAGGCAAUCAUUAAAUGGAGAUAGCACAGUUGGAGACUGUUUAAGAAUGGGGGACAUGGAGCAGUUUGAAGAGCUGCUUCUCAGAAGUGCUCGAAAUGGCGACUGCAAGACUGUGGAAGAAAUUCUGCAAGCCAGAAAAGACGGCAAAGUCAAUUUAGACAUAAGCUGCAAGGGUAAGAGUAAAAGCAACCAGGGAUGGACCCCUCUGCAUCUUGCAAGUUACUUUGGUCAUCGAAACUGCGUGGAAGUUCUACUGCAACAUGGAGCAGCCUUGGACGAGUUGAAUGAUGCUGGUGACACCCCGUUACAUAAAGCAGCGUUAACUAAUAGAGAGGAUGUAGUAUUACUGCUUUUGGAGCAUGGAGCUAGUGUCUCAACCAUCAAUGGUGAGGGACUGCGUCCGUCAGAUCUUCCUCGUGAUGCCCAAGUGACAAAGCUGAUAGUUGCGGCAGAAAAAACAGAACAGAGAAGAAAAGAAGAGCGAUUACUACAUUAUGCGCGUGAAGGAAAAGCUGAUGAAGUUAUGAAACUGUUGCGGGAGCCUGGGGCACCAAAUGUAAAUUGUUUAGACUCUCAAGGCAACACUAGUUUACACUGUGCUGCUUAUCGGGGCCACAUUGACGUUGCAGUUGUGUUGCUGCAGAAUGGCUGUGAUCCGGCAAUGAGAAACUUUAAUGGUCAGACAGCAUGCGACCUGGCCCAGACACAGCAAAUGCAACAGAUUCUAGAGGUACAGCCAGUUCGAAGUUUUCACCGCAAUGUGUCCAGAUUCGAAGGCCCGCUGCUCAGACGAAUGCGAAUCAUCGGCUGGAGAAUGGUUUGGGGUGUCUUGGAGCGUGGCGUUCUCACGUUCUUCAAUAGCCGUGCAGAUGCAAGUUCUUGUGUUCGCAGACGUGAUUACAAAUACCUUGACAAUAGUAAAGUUGUGCCAAUGGUCGGAGGAGAUGGUGCCAUGUUCGUUUUACAAUAUAAUGAUGGUACGUGUCAUCGGUUAGCAGCAACUCCAGAUCCCUUUCACCCAGCAUCUGUGAACAGACAGAAAUGGGUGACAGCCUUGAGUGAGCACAUCAGGUUCUCAACUCACUAUGUUCAACAUGGUCUUGGAGUGGAUGAUGAUGAUGAUGAUGAUGACAUUGAUAGAACCAUAAAGCCUUUAGGAUGUAUGUCUGAUGCUCUGCAGACAGCAUCAGCACAACAGCAGCUUCUGGAGCAACAAGUGGAGGAGGUGAUGGCGACCAUGGCCUCGCUGGACCUGGAUCACUCGCAGCAGGGUGGCGUGCAUGAUGUCAUUAGGGUAAGGGGGAGUGGACGUCCAAGCUGUGAACUGUGAUGCGGUUUUGGUUUUCAGAUUUCAUCCAUAUAUGAGAGGAUUUCAGGCUAGAGAUGAUAUAUUGAUCUUAUAGGUUUCAUGCUAAGAUCUGAUGUUCUCCAGCAGCCUCAACCCACAGUAGCACCCGCGAUGGUAUUCAUGCAAGGGCAUUGACCAUGAGACUUGUCAGUGACUAGAGAAAAAUCUUUGGCCUUGCAGUUUUGUAAUUUCAAGUCAUAUAAUUGGGAACACAGUUAAAACAAGUUUUAACAACUUCUACCCAAUGUCUUUUGUGAGGAACUGCAUGUAAAGUCUUAUAUUUUUACUUUUUUUCUUUUCUUUUCAGUUUUAGUGGAUUACUAAUGCUA